AUGUCCAGCACUACAACUUCGUGCCCACUACCCUUCACCUUGAGCGUCCCCUCCCCAACAGCCGACCUCACCAACUCACUUGACCCUCCACAACGACACAACCCCUCCGAUACUCUCCUCAUCAUCAUCGCCAUCGUCUCCUGUAUCGGUCUCCUCGGUUUCGGAAUUGGAUACCUUCGACUGCGCCAGAUGCGACUCGUCGCCAUCCGUUUUCCCUCUUCCUCCUCACUGGCGCUGCCAAUGACGACCUCUUUAUCUGGCGAUCCCAGUGAUCUGGAAGCAGGCACUAACUGCAGUCGUACGAGAUUGAACAUACAAUCGCCACAGCCUCAACCUCCACUACCAAUCUAUACAGCAGCACAGGUACCAGAGAAUCUAUACUCCGAACAUCAACACACAGGCAAAGCGCCACCACCGCCGCCUUAUUACCAGCACAUGGCGCAAGAAUAG